AUGGACGGUCCUAUACCGCCGCUGAUGAUGAAAUCAGUAAGGGGAGAUGAUGCAAAGACACGAAGAAAUAAUAACCUCGUUGCAGUUUCCCUGUUGGAUGGUUGGAAGGAAACAGAGAAGGAACAUGGAUUAAUAAACGCUGCUCAACUGCCGGCAUCGCUUAUCCCAGUCUUGUCGUCAUCCUUCUUAAUAACUGGCAACACGGUUGGGGCUGGGAUGCUUGUUCUACCCGAGCUUGCAGAAGGUCCAGGUAUGGGCAUUUCAACAACAAUUUUCCUUGUAAGCUUCCUCAUCAACUUGGUAUCUGGGCUGAUAAUUGCCGAAGUCGCAAUCAAUCAACAUGCAAAUAGUGGCAACGAUGUUCCGUCGUCAUUCAAAGACUUUGCACAAGUAAAUUUGAAUUCAAGAUUAGCUGCAACAGUAAUUUCACUCAUUUCUAUUUUUGUGAACGGGCUUGUCAUGGCUUUCAAUACAGUGAAGAUUGGCGCUAUGGGUGCCGAUGCGUUUCAGGGUGCAUUGAGCAGCGACACUGUUUCUUUGAUAUGGGUCGCCGGUUCCGCUGCUCUCAUUGGAACCCAAAGUUUCUCCUCUUUGUCCCGAGUGGCAUCUUUACUCGCCACUGGACUAUUCGUUUCCUUUGCUGGGAUCCUAUUGCCGGGACUAGCGCAUGUUACCCACGAUCCAUUUACACUCCUCUUCACACCCGGAAUAUCAUCCAACUCGAUUGCAAGUGCAGGAGAGCUGGCACCAGUAAUUCUUAUGAGCCUGGUAUAUCAGAACAUUGUCCCUACAGUUACCAAAUUGAACGACUACGAUCGAACGAAGAACACUAUGCCAAUUAUACUUGGAUCAAUCAUUCCGUUACUCAUGUACUUGGCCUGGACUUUUGCUGUUCUUGGAGGAGGUAUCAACAGUUCUGCAGGUCUUGAGGGUCCUGUCAUUUCCAUAUUCUUUCUAACUACACUCGCUGGAUCCAGUAUUGGGUGCAUCAUGUCCCUGGCAGAAGAGGUUAAGAGCUUUCUUCAACCGCCAGGAAACAACGCGAAUGACGCAUCAACUGACAACGACAAAUUUUCAUUUCUCUCGGUUGCUGUUUCUGUUUGUAUCGCUUGGAUCGGGGCGAUGUACUUCGAGAAUAACUUGAACGAUGCUCUUAGGAUUGCGGGAGCGUUCGGCUCUCCACUCCUAUACGGUGUUUUGCCAGUAGUGAUGGCUUUCAAAAGCGAGCAGCGAGCACAGCAAGAACUUCCUGUAGCAGCUUUGACAACGCUAGGAUUGGCAUCAACGGGUAUAAUGGGGAAUCAGAUUCUACAGUCAGCAGGGGAUGCUAUUGACAUGCUAACGCAUUGA